AUGUCAUUCGACGACUCGCACCACCAGCAGCUCUACCAGGGAAGGCCUCUUCACUCUACUAACUACGCAGGAAGUUGGAGCUCUCCGGAUCAUGGGCUCGGCCCGCCCGGUGAGUUACGCCAGUUGGCGUUUGUUGACCCGUCGAUUCUUCAGCUCGGGCCGAGUCAGCCUGGACAGGAAGACCCGUCGUCUUUCUCGGAUGCUACAAUUGAGGCUAACAGUGCGUCGGAAGCUUCUUCCUUCCCCUUUUCUUGUUUCUCUUCGGUCCACCAUUCCUUUUUCUCCUAUUUCCCAGAUAUGCAAGAGCCCAUUGGCAUCGCCAACCACUCAUUUGGCGUUGCAGAGGUUCAAGCAUUCAUGGGAGUGGAAAUCGACGAAGGACUCUUUGACAACCCAGAAGCUGGAGGAUUUGCGAAUCUCGACAACCUUUUUGCUGAUGUCCCACAGGAUCUAGAGCUCAUGGACAUCGACGAGUACUUUCCUGACACUGCAGAAAUCCCAGAAACCACGAAGACCGACGAACAGCUUUUUGACCGUCCGGAGAUCCGAGAACUGGGGAAUAUCGACGAUGAUUGUUCUGACACACCGGAGACACCGGAAUCCAUGCAAAUCGACGUCGAGGAGACGGAAAGAGUUUCCGACUGCCAUCCUCCCUCGCUCGCUCCUUCUUCUCCGCCCUCGUCUGCACCGCCCUCCCCCAUACCUCGUUACCCAGAGUCUGAGGAUGGGGUGUACCUGGUGGAAAGGAUCAUCCAGGUGCGGGGUCCCAAACAUCGUCGUCAAUACCUCAUUAGGUGGGAAGGAUGGGGUCCCGAAUUCGACACCUGGGAGCCAGCUCGCAACGUCUCGGCAGAGCUCAGAGCAGAGUUUGAAAGGUCGCGUCGCCGCCGUAGACAUCCUAGGAGGCGUUGA